AUGGUGGCUGCUGCCAUGGACGUAGCUCAGGUCCUGCUCAUCCGUCCAUCGGAAGAUGGAUCGUCGUCCCUGUACGACAAGCUGCUAUCAGGAGCCCCGUUGGUCAGCGUGAGGGACCUCGCAGUAUCUCCGCUCGCCUUCGGAGUGGUCUUCAAGGAAGCUGUUCAACAGCCUGGGGAGGAGGAAAUGGGUAAAUUCCGCUGUGCAAGGAUCAAGAUACCAUUCCAAUCCGAAGAGGCACCUUAUGGUCUAUCACCUCAAUCGCCAUGGUCCGUGGGUUCCUUCUGCCAAGCUGUAGUACUGGGCAGCACCAUCACCUCCGAACGGGAAUGCGAGGCUCUGGAUUGGGUUCUUUCCAACAAUACCUUGUCCCCACUACGAGACCUACUCAUCACUCCCUCGGUCCCCGUCCUCAGACGUACUAACACUAGCAGUAUCACCGAUGAUACUGUCCAGGGGGAUCUCAACCAGGCCCAGCUGAGGGCAGUUACCAGUGCUGCUGAUGUAUCCUCACCCAUCACGUUGGUUCAAGGGCCACCAGGGACGGGCAAGACUAAGACGAUUGUGGCCAUGGUGAAGGCCUUACUGAAGACAACCAACACAUUGGUCAUCUGCGCUCCAUCCAAUGCUGCUGUUGACGAGUUAGCAUCGAGGAUAAUGGCCUCGUGGCCGCCGUCCAAGAGCCUGUCAGAUGCCCAUCAGGUCCUCAGAGUGGGCUCAUGUAGGCGUAUUACGCGAGAGGAGGUGAAGACGAUAUCAUUGGAGGAGUUGGCCAAGACUGGUGGUCGGGAGAAGGUGUACGAGCUGAGAGGUUUCCACAAGGAGAAGAGGGAGGAAAUUCUGAAGGAGAUACGAAAGCUGGAGGAGGGUAUCAAGGAGUUAACCGGCGAUAACGAUUCUGAGGCGAAGGCUGAUCGUGGCCGGCUGGUGGCCAGGAAGAAGGAGUUGAAGGAGGAGUUGGACAAGCUGAAGCAACGCUCAUCGAGGGCGCUGUCACGGUCGAGGGAUGAAGCUUGCAAACAUCUGUUGGGGCGGGCCAGGGUGGUCUUGGGCACACUGAGCUCUUUCGGCAGCAGUACGAUCACCAGUAAUUUCGUGGCGCGUGACGCUACUUGUAUCAUCGAUGAGGCUUGCCAGGCCAUCGAACCUUCUGCCUUGAUACCUUUGAAGCUUCGUGGAGUGAAGCGGCUCGUGUUGGUUGGUGACCCCCAGCAGUUGCCGGCCACUGUAGUGUCUAUGGAGGCCAAAGCCUUGCGGUAUGAGCGGUCCUUAUUCGAACGUCUGAUCGGUGCUGGGUGGAAAGCCCACCUUCUGGACGAGCAGUAUCGUAUGCUGCCCGAGAUAGCCAACUUUGCAUCUAAGGAGUUCUACGACGGUCGUCUGAAGACUGCAGAGAGCUGCCGUUUCCCAUCCUCGUUGGGACAACCGUUGAGACCGUUGUUGUUCCUGGACUCCCGACUGGGAUCGGAACAGCGAGGUGGAACGUCAUUGGUGAACACUGAAGAGGCGAUUAUUGUGGGGAAGAUGGUCGAAGCCGUGGCUAACAGGAAGCUUUCGGUUGGUGUUGUGACUCCUUAUCGUCAACAAGCGUUAUUGAUACGCAGAACGGUGUCCAUGAGCGGAGCGGAGGUAGACACGGUUGAUGCAUACCAAGGCCAGGAGAAGGACAUCAUCAUUAUGUCCUGUGUAAGGAGUAACCGAGAUGGUGGUAUCGGCUUUGUUGCAGACUACAGACGAUUGAAUGUGUCGUUGACUCGAGCUAAAUACGCCUUGUGGAUCGUUGGCAAUGCGGAGAGUCUUGGCCGAUCGUCGAAGGUGUGGGCAGAUCUCAUACACUAUUGUCAAGAGCAUGAAUCUUUGGUUGAUGCUAGCAGGAUACAAAAGAGGUCCCAUUAUGCAGAGGGAGGAGAGCCUACUCUGGAUAGUCUACUAUUACAGCAGGAACAGAAUAAGCCGGCAGAAGUAACCCCACUGUCCCCACAGCUUGUCGUUGGCAAUAAAAGGAUGCGCUGUUACCUUGGAUGA